AUUUUUUUUUUCUCCCAUUUAAUAGUGAUAAUCAUUCUUCAAAAGUGAAGAGAUUUUUUCUGGACAUGUUGAGUCCACUGAUAAGUGAAGUUGACACUGUAUCUCAAGAUCUGCUAGAUGUUAUAUUAAGUCAGAUUGUUGAGCCAAUUAAAUCACAGAACCGAAGUGCAUGUUCUUUAGCACAAGAUAUUUUGAAACGAAAUGUAUCCACACUAGAGCCAUAUAUACAAGAAUUUUUCAAUAAUGCACUUAAAGGCAAAACAUUCCAAAGUGGUGUUUCUCGACAAGUAUAUGAACUUACGUAUGAGCUCAAUACCAUUUGUCCCUCCAUGCUUGUUGUUGUUUUACCACAGUUGGAAGCUAAGAUAGAAGUUUUUGAAGAAGAAGAAAGAAUAAAAGUUUGUAGAAUUUUGGCUCGUAUGUUCAGUGAAAAAAAUUCCAUGUUGUUGGAACAGAACAAAUCUCUCUGGUCUUGUUUCCUGAGACGGUUCAAUGAUUUCAGUCCAGAUGUUAGAAUUAUUUGUGUUCAGUGUUGUAAAGACAUUUUGCUAAAUCAUCCAGAAGUUAAAGAGGAAAUUACAGGAUUGUUACAGAAGAGGGAACUUGAUUCUAAUGAAAAUGUACGUUGUGAAGUUGUAUUAGCUAUUAUUGGUGCUGCUAUGGAGAAUUUUUCGAGUAUCAAUUUUGAACUUUUAAAAUGUGUGAAAGAAAGAACUUUAGAUAAGAAAUUUAAAGUUCGUAAAGAAGCUUUAUUAGGCUUUGGAAGGCUAUACAGGCAUUAUGUUAGUACCCCUGCUCAGCUGGCGGUUCCUGAUUCAGAAUCAUUGUCUUUGAUAAAAAACAAGCUUUUUCAUGCUUAUUAUCCAUUAUCAAUUGAAAGCAGAAUAUUAGUUGAACGUAUUUUUCAUACAUGCCUUGUACCUAUUCAGAGGCCAAUGAAUGAGCGAAUGAAAUUACUAUAUAGACUAUACUGCACAGUUGAUGAAAAUUCUAUGAAGGCUUUUAGGGAAAUUCUUCGUUGCCAAAAAAGUUUACGACUUCAGAUGAAGAACAUUUUGGAUAUAAUUAAAUCUGACAAAAAUAAUAAUAAACAGGAAACUCUUGCAUCAAAAAUUGCUGCACUUUCCAAGAAUUUGCAAGAUCCUGUAAAAUCAACUCAGUAUGUAAAGAAAUUCUGCAGUGAUAUAGAAGAAAAUGAGAGACUUUACGGCCUGAUGACUGCUGUUGCACGUGGAAACAUUUCUUGCUCAGAAACGGAACAUAUAGUAAAACAAGUCUUGAAAAUGCUAGGCAAUCCUGUACAGACCAAUACUUAUUAUGUAAUCAUCAAACAACUAUUAGAGAGAAUUGCUCCUGUCAUGGUAGAUCAAGAAGGCAUCCAGCAUCUUGUGAAAUUAGUAAAAAACAGUUUAAUUGGAGACUGUGCCCUUGAAGCUGAAUUAGGGCUUCAAAAUUCCUCUCAAAGGGGAUUAGAAUUGUUGUUGGCUCUUUCAUUUUCAUUUCCGUCAGCUUUUUGCGAUACUGGAAUAUUUAAUGAUUUGCUGUUGCUUCUGCAAGUGGAAGAUGAAAGUGCUGCUGACGUAGUGCUUCAGAUUCUUCUGAAUUGUUCAGUUGAUUUAGAAAUGCUUUCUCCGAAUGUUUAUACGAAGCUGUUGCCUAUUCUUGAACAGUUUAUUGAGGUUGGUUCUCCCAAACAAGCUAAGCAUGCUGUGCGCUAUAUGUUUGCCAUUGUUAAAGAUAGAGUAACAGUUUUUGGAAAUAUUCUCAAGACUUUAAAAAAACAUCUGACAUUAGAAUCACAGUACUUUAGGACAGCAUUGGUUUCACUUGGUCAUAUAGCCUAUCUCUGUCAUGAUAUGUUUACUACAGACCUUAAAACUAUUUUGCAGUCAUUUGUUAAGGAAGUGCUUUUUAAGGAUAAGGAAUUACCUAGGGGUGGUGCUGAGAUAUGGGCACCAUUUGAUUCCUUGCCUGAUGAAACUAAAGUGAAGAUUGAAGGAAUGAAAUUUAUGGUUCGUUGGUUAGCUGGACUGAAAGAUAUGGUUCAACCACUGGCAUCAACUUUAAGACUUUUAACUCUUGUUAUUGAGCGCCGAGGAGAUAUAUCAAUGAACCAGCAUACUGCGCCAUUUGAAAAUUCUUGGCUACGGCUGUCUGCAGCAAAGUGUAUGCUUAAGCUAUGUCAAGAAGCUACAUAUGUAGCUUCUAUGACAUUGACCCAAUUUCAAAAUCUGGCUUUCGUUAUACAUGACCCUUGUCAUGAAGUAAGAGAUCGCUUUGCACAAAAACUUAACAAAGGAUUAAGUAUAUUAAAAUUACCUCUUGAAUUCCUAGCAAUAUUUUCUUUGGCUGGAUUAGAUGAAAGGAAAGAAUUUAGGGCUGAAGUAAAGAGGUACCUUACAAAUAAUGUUACUAAGCGAAGAGAAUAUGUGAAGGAUCAUGUUUUAACAAAUGAUGAUCUUUUGGCUUAUCUACCGGACUAUUCCCUACCAUAUGCAAUUCACUUAUUAGCACAUUUACCUUUCUUCACAACUUAUAAUGAUGUACCAUCUUUAUUAAAAAUAAAAGAGUAAGUUAAUAGCUAUUGAU